AUGCCCGCAUCUCCAACAACGUUCACAGUACCGCCCACUGGCCCUGGAGCCCCGAAGCUGCGAUCAUCUUGCGAUAGCUGUGGAACAGCCAAGGUCAAAUGCGAUCGUAAUCAGCCCGAAUGUGGGCGCUGUGCUACUCUUGGCCUGGCUUGUGUAUAUGGGCUAUCCCGCCAUUUUGGCAAACCACCAAGGAAGAGGCCUGCCAUAGUUCUUGAUGAAGGGGCCGCCAGAUGCAAGAAGCGUACGACACAUAUCGACGAGAGCCGCAAUCAUCACAUCGCCUCGGACUAUACACAGCCCCAAAGUUUCAACCAGUCUGGGCAACUUGAAUUCUCUAAUUCAACGCCUGACAUGCAUUCAUCUACUUCCGGCCUCGUGAAUCCGUUACGCAUGGACGAGCAGGAUCAAUUUAGCUCAGCUAUUUUCCCCUCACUGUUCCUUGAUGAAUGGCCUCAGAUGGAUGGUUUCGGGUUUGGUCUAGAGAUCCCCUCCGUCCCAAAGAGUUCUGCCACAGAGGGCCGACUAUCAGCUUCCGCAUUGGAGCCCGUUAACUCCAUGAGGAUGGACACCGCCUCUCACAAGUCCCAUAGCUGCCCACGGGAGUCGUACGAGGUUUUUCGGGAUUUGAUCUGCCCGGCACCUGAUCUUCACGUACCCGAAGCACAUUCAGAUCCCGUUUCAGCACAACUAGAUCAGGUACUCUGCUUCACCAGAAACGCCAUCGAUCGUCUUACCCAAAUUCUAAGAUGUCCAUGCGCCAGCUCCGGGCACCGGGUCAUGGUGCACGCCUCUACUAUUUCCCGAAUACUGAUGUGGUACCAACAGGCUGCGGGGUGGACCUGCAGACCGUCUCAGCCGUUAGGAUUGGUCAACUCGCCAACGUCCAGCAGUGUGUCUCCAUAUUCGCCCCCUUCAUAUGAUACAGCAGCCGACACAGAUACAGUAAGCACACCCACACUGGCUCAAUGUACUGGAUUUGUCGUCGAGCAUGUGCCUGUUUCAAUGGGGACGUUCAGCAUUGAAGAUCAGAACAUGCAGGCUGCUAUCAGGACCCAGUUGGUCUUAAGUGAGCUUAAGAAGAUGGCUAAUUUGAUUGACCUCUUCACAUCGCAAGACUCCUGCGAAUCCUCCGCCAGUGGCAUUGCUGGCUUGCAUGCACAUCUGGGAGCAUGGCUCCGGAGUGAGCAUUCGCGGACUGUCAGAAUUUUGACGACGAGGCUCAGUGCUUUGAACGAUAUUUAG